GUGUGCAUCUGUAUCCGUGCAUCCAUUUACCGUCUGUAGCUGCGAUGGCACUCCACAGCGUUUCCAUUGAACGUUGCGUUUCAGUUGAGCGCGGAUGGUCUCUGCUGACAGUCACGGUGUCAUGGUACCGCGUGUGCCUGGCGGAGCGGGCGGCCGAUGAUGCCUUUUCAUCUCCCUUCCUAUUACACCAGCCUUAAAUACAAACCUAAUAAUCGCCUCUAAAAAAUCCAGAUAAUUAGCACCAUGGAGCCUCAGGUGUCGAAUGGCCCUACUUCCAAUACAACCAAUGGACCCUCCAGCAACAGUAGAAACUGCCCUUCCCCCAUGCAGACAGGGGCUGCUACAGAUGACAGCAAAACCAACCUCAUAGUCAACUAUUUACCCCAGAACAUGACCCAGGAGGAGUUCAGGAGUCUCUUUGGGAGCAUUGGUGAAAUCGAAUCCUGCAAGCUCGUGAGAGACAAAAUCACAGGGCAGAGUUUAGGGUAUGGAUUCGUUAACUACAUUGAUCCAAAGGAUGCAGAGAAAGCCAUUAACACUUUAAAUGGACUCAGACUCCAGACCAAAACCAUAAAGGUGUCAUAUGCCCGUCCAAGUUCAGCAUCCAUCCGGGAUGCCAACUUGUAUGUCAGCGGCCUUCCCAAAACCAUGACCCAGAAAGAAUUAGAGCAGUUAUUCUCACAAUAUGGGCGCAUCAUCACCUCACGGAUUCUGGUUGAUCAAGUCACAGGGGUUUCUCGAGGUGUGGGAUUUAUCCGUUUUGAUAAGAGAAUAGAGGCAGAAGAAGCCAUAAAGGGACUAAAUGGCCAGAAGCCUAGCGGUGCUACAGAACCAAUUACUGUGAAGUUUGCCAAUAACCCCAGCCAGAAAACAAGCCAGGCACUCCUUUCACAGCUGUAUCAGUCUCCCAACAGACGCUACCCUGGACCACUUCACCACCAGGCUCAGAGAUUCAGGCUGGACAAUUUGCUUAAUAUGGCCUAUGGCGUAAAGAGGUUUUCUCCGAUCACAAUUGAUGGCAUGACGAGCCUUGUGGGAAUGAAUAUCCCUGGUCACACCGGGACUGGAUGGUGCAUCUUCGUCUACAACUUGUCUCCCGACUCGGAUGAGAGCGUGCUGUGGCAGUUGUUUGGUCCCUUUGGAGCGGUCAAUAAUGUCAAGGUGAUCCGUGAUUUCAACACCAACAAGUGCAAGGGAUUUGGCUUUGUCACCAUGACCAACUACGACGAAGCUGCCAUGGCGAUUGCCAGCCUUAAUGGAUACCGUUUAGGAGACAGAGUAUUGCAAGUUUCCUUUAAAACCAAUAAAACCCACAAAUCCUGAAUUUCAUAUC